UGUGUAUUUUGAAUUUCAACGACACGACGCAUUUGCCGCCAUCUGACUUGAGAAAUUUUAGAAUGUCAAAAAUAUUUAUUAAUCGCAGGAAAAUGAGUUAUUAGAAACAAUCUACAAGUAAUAAAGCAAAAUGGAUAUUAGUUCGGAUGCUAUUAGCGUGCGAAGUGUGCGCUUAAACAAUGUUUUGUUGGGCGGCCGAGGAUAUGGCGUGAGUCAGUUACUAUCGGAGUUCUUGAACCGAGAAAGCCUCCUGGAUGCGUUUUGCCUGCUCUACAAUGAAUGCGAUAAAGAAUCAUUGCGCAAACGCGACAAGCACAUUGCAGAAUUUGUCAACAAAUACAGAAGUAUUAUCGAAGAAACACAAAGUCUUAGAGUCAAUGUCAAGGAUUUCAGCGUACGCAGUUUAAUCGGAAAGGGUUAUUUUGGUAAUGUUUAUCUGGUAGUGGAAAAGCAGACAUGUGACAUUUACGCCAUGAAAAAGAUUAGAAAGUCGGUGGUCACAACAUCGCAAGUUCGUGAGGAACGUGACAUAAUGUCCAAAAGGUGUUCUGAAUGGAUAACAAAUUUGCAAUAUGCUUUUCAGGACAACGAGCACCUGUAUUUGAUAAUGGAAUUUCUACCAGGAGGAGAUCUACUGGGUUUGAUGUCUCGACAUUUUCCUUUUGACGAACAGAUGACAAGAUUCUAUUUAGCCGAGCUUACUGUGGCGAUUAAUGAAUUGCACCGCAUGGGAUAUGUUCAUCGGGACAUUAAACCUGAAAAUAUACUAAUUGAUCGCUUUGGUCAUAUAAAAUUGGGGGAUUUUGGCAAUGCAGCAGCGUUGGAUAGAGAUGGCCAUGUUUUUAGUUUGUCGCCGGUUGGUACACCCGAUUAUAUUGCUCCAGAGCUGCUGCAAACGAUCUCAACGUACAAAUUAUCGAAGAAUAUGCACGAUGUAAGCUGCGAUUUUUGGUCCAUGGGCAUAAUUGGUUAUGAACUAGUUUGCGAAGUUACGCCGUUUCACGAAGACAAUGUACAUGAAACGUACUCCAAAAUAUUAACUUAUUGUGAGGAAAGUAAACUAAAGGAACUCAUCUCAUUUCCCGCCGAUUUAAAGUUGUCAAUUCAUUUUAAGAGCCUCAUUGAGUCUUUGGUAACAAAUCCGUCGAAACGUUUAAAUUACGAAUCAAUACGAAAGCAUCCCUUCUUUGAAAACAUCAACUGGGAAUCUUUGCGUUCCGAAGUUCCACCCAUAAUACCUUCACUUCAAAGCGAAGAUGAUAUCUCAAAUUUUGAAGACUUUAAUCGCAAAAAAACUAAAAUUAUUGAUACUGGAACGAAAAAUACGGCAAUAACAACUUCCACUGUUAAUUCCAACGAAUUUUGCGGAAAAGAUUUGCCCUUUAUUGGGUACAGUUUUGUUCACAUGGAGCUGCAAAAAAUUGAACAUGGCGCACUAGAGGACGUGCGCUAUGCCAAGCUUAACAACAAGCUAAAAGAAGAACAAGCUAAGCAUAGGGAACGUCUGGGAGAAAUUACUAAAUUAAAGCAAGAACUUCUUCGCGCUGAACUAAAAGCCAAACAAAGCAAUACCCAGUCCCGAGCUUUAGAAGAUGCCAAAGAGGAAAUAAUAAAAAUGAAAAAUAUCAUUAAAGAAAAAAAUAACGAAUUGGCCACAUGGCGCACUAAAAUAAAGACACUGGAAAGUUCAUUGAAGAUCGAACAGGAGAUGUGGAGUAAGAAAGAGGCAACAAUAACCGAACUGUUGCGCAUGAACCGACAGAAAUACGAUGAAGCUAAAAACGCGUCGGAUGCUGUCUACGAAAAAAGGAUUUUAGAAAAGACAAUGGAGAUUGCCGCAAUUAAUGCCAAACUCGAUGAGCGGGAAGCUGAAUUGUCGCUCAAAGUAGAAGAAUGCGCACGCUUGCAAGAUACAAUGGAGAACUACAAGGAAAUGCUGAGGCAGCAUAAGGAACAAUCCCAAAGAGAUCGUGAAGAAUUUGAAAAAAAUAAAUCCAGCUUGUCCGAAAUAUACGAACAAAAAUUGACAGAGCUAAGGGCAAAAUUGAGACACGAAAAAGAUCACAAGUCACGUCUAACAAUGGAAUUGCGUGAUGUUCGAACGGAGUUGGAUGACACAUUGAUAAGUACAAAGUCUUCGGAAGAAGAAAAGAAAGCGUCAGCAAAAAGCAAUGACGAUAUACUCAAACGCCUCAACAAAGAAAUUGAUGCCAACAAUGAAUUGUACAAGCAAAAUUCCGAACUACAACAUAAAUACUUGGAAGUAUUGAAGUCGUUAGAGACGUUACAACAAGAAAAUAUCCGUUUAGAAAGAGAAUUACAGGUGGCGGAGUGCGAAAAAAAUCUGGCUAAUAGCGAAAUAGCUGUCGAGUCUUCGCCAUAUGAAACAGCACCAGGAUCGAUGUCGGACAUUCGAAUGAUGGAAGAACAGUUAAAAGCCGAUUUGGAGGUAGCAAAAGAGAAUGAAACUACGCAAAAAGCUCGAGCGGACAAGUUGCAGGAAAUUGUUGAAAAGUUAGAGGAAAUGCUAGAGAAGUUUAAUGAGCAGUCAUUAUCCCCAACAAAGCCAAUGCCUGCUCCGAGGAAUGCAAAUCAUCAUGCAACAGCCGGUGAUAUUUUGGAGAAACAAAACGAGCGAUUAGAAGACAAGUUGGCGGCAGUUCGUGAACAAAUGAUAUUGGAAAGACAGUCAGCACGCACGGCUAAUCUAACCUUGUGGAAAGUUGAGAAACAGCUAGAAGAAGCAUUGGGCGAGAAGAAAAUGACACAGAGGCGAAUGGAAUUGACCGAAGAGCGCAUUAAAAAAGUCCAAGCUGAGCGGGAUGAUGUCAAACGUUCGCUUAAAUUGUCCGAAGAGUCUCUUAAACAACGGGAGGAGAGGAUUGUUGAAUUAAAACAGGAAAUAAAUAGCUUAAAGGCCGAUGUGCUUAAGGAGCACCGCUUGUGGGAGAAGGCAGAAAAGGAACGUAUUGAUAGCAAAGCUGAGGUAAUGCAACACAUAUCAAAAUGUAAACAACUAGAGGAUCGCUUGAGCGAUUUGCGACAGCAACUUCGACAGUGUCAACAAAAGUGUGACAAAAUGGGCAUCGAAAACACUCGCCUCUUUAGCGAAAUAAAUGAAGAGAGGGAUUCACACGGAUGCACCCAGGAACAGCUUUCGGCCACACAAAUCGAAUUGAAAAAUCUUAAGGACAACUACGAAAGAUUGAAAUACGCCUGCACAGUAACGGAUAACCAACUCACAGAGGUGGAGGCGAUGCUCGAAAAGGAGCAGAAAUCCAACAAGGCUCAUCAAGAAAAACUUGAUCGUUUAUAUUCACAACUGCGAGAAAAAGAACAAGUAGAAUCGGAGUUGAAAACAAAAUUAAGGGACGAACAGUGUCUUAAACGAGAUCUAGAAUCUAAGACUGCCAGCUUGUCCCAAGAAGUCCAAAACCAACACACCGCUCUAGAGGAAAUGAAGAACAAACUUGUUGAGCAACAGCAACAGUUGGUGGAGCAAACUGCAGCACUAUUUGCCACACAGGAAAGAGUCGAGGUCUUGCAGAACGAAAACCAGAGCACGCUAGUUCUUAAUGAGAAUCUAGAACGCGAAUUGAUAUUGCUGAAAGAGGAAAACGCUGGCAUACUGUCUGACCUUUUCCACGCCAAAGAAGAGGUCCAGAGGUUGCAGCAAAAUCUUGCCGAUUCUUUGGCAUCGAAUGCAGAACUGCACGGUGAAUUGCAGGAUCUCAAAAGGAUAUUGGAAGAAAAAGAAAAUUUCUUCUUGCAGAGAGAUAUAAAGUCAGAAGCUACGCUGGCACAACACAAAAAAUUAAUCGACUAUCUGCAGUUGAAGGUUGAAGAUCUAACACAAAAGAAAAAGAAAACAUUUGCUGAUAAGCUUUUUGGCCAUCAUUCAAACGCCGUGCCGAAUAAGAAGGAACUGCAGUCCACUAUAGAAAAUUCAAUACUAUAUCGCACUCUACAGGAAGAACUGAAAAGGGAGAAAAUGCGCUGUAAAACAUUGCAGGAACAAUUGGAUAAACUGCAAGAGGUUGGUGUUAGCACAUUACGACGUUCCCCUUUGAAAGCAAAGGAAAAUCAAAUGGGGGUACAAAAUGAAGUAAACGAGAACUCCCGUAAAACCCCGACGAAACAAACGCGCAGCCAAGAAGGAGACCAAAUUAAAGGAGAUCACUUUGCUUCGUCGCCAAAUUCCAACAAAUCGGCAAAUUAUGUACCAUCACAUCAUCGUUUUGAGCUGUCAUUGCAGGAAACCAAUAGUGGAACAGAUAAUUGUGUAGUGUGCCAAAAUGCUAUAGUUGCUGGGUCUCCAUUUUGGAAGUGUCGAGUUUGUAAAGAUCCGGUCCAUAGAAAAUGCCGUGGUGCUGCUAAAAAUGAUUGUGGUGGUGUAUCCCAAUUGCUUUCUGGUAAUACAAACAAUGGUAGUUCCGCCAACAGUAUUGAAGCGCUAGCACAGGAACCAUCUGCUCCCUUAGAAGUAGAUUUGGAUACAGAGUCUAUUGGCAAAUAUUCAUACGAAGCGAAAAUUGAUGAGCCGGACGCAGGCAAUUCCAAACCGCUGCCAGGAGCGAGUUGCGACAAAAAUACUCUAAUUUUCGCUAUCCCACACAUAGAAAAUGAAACACCGAUUCAGGUGGCAUGCGCUUACGAAAUCGAAGAGAAUCAAAUCCUAUUGCUGGGUUGCAAUACUGGACUCUACGCUCUACACAUUCAUUCCAAGAACUUAGUCCACAUUGCCGGUAUAGACGCCGUAAGCUGUAUUGCGAUUUCGCAGCCUCUGGCAAAAGCCAUAAUGGUCGGUUCACAUGGCGAGUCGCUCUAUCAAUGCGACUUCCGUCAUUUGCAGUCCCGAUGCCAGUCCAAUGCUUGUCUAAAACCGGCGCUGGAGGCAUCGAUAUUGGAGUUGCCAUUUGCAAACCGGACGUCUGCCGAAAAGUGGCAAUUGGUACAAAUAUCUCAGGAAAACGACCAACCCUUAGAUACAGUAGCCAUUGCAGCCACAUCCAAUCGUAUUGUGAUCCUGAAAUACGACAUUAAAUAUCAGAAAUUUAAGCCUGUCAGAGCUCUCGACACCGCCACAGCAGUCACAUCAAUAUUGUACACUCGACAUUCUGCAAUUGUGACAUCGGAUAAAUUUUUCGAGAUUGAUUUGACCACAUACGGUGCUGAGGAAUUUGUAGACGUAUCAGAUAAAUCGCUUUCUCACGCGCACGACUAUACCCCUAUCAGUGCACUGCGUAUUUCGAAGCAUGAAUUUUUGUUAUGCUUCAUGGAAUGUGGUAUUUUUGUAGAUGAAUACGGUUGCCGUUCACGCCCCUACGACAUCCAUUGGGAGUAUACACCAUGUGGCUUCCUUUACAGGGAACCAUUUUUGUAUGUCGCCCAUUUUCAGUCUGUACAAAUCUUACGAAUACACCGCUCAUACAGCCAAGAAAUUGGAUCUACCGCUGCUCAAAAGGAUUCAGAUGCAGACAUAGACGAUUCGAACAGGCCACAUUUUAAACGCUGUUAUCUGCCAUUCUACAUGCCUACACUGUUAACAGGAAGUAGCAAAUUGGAUGCAUUUGCUCUUGCGAUACAAAAAUCAAACGGCAUGCAAGAAAUACACCACUUGGAGGCUAUGCAAACAUUCAAGCAGCAGCACAACGAUUCCAUCGAGACGAUAUCUUCUGUUGGGACUUCCUUAACAAUGUCGACUAUAAAUUAAUUAGUCACUAUUAACUUUCACCUUUCUAUGUAUUUUUCAUUACAUGUCCUUUUUACUGUUUACUAUAACUGAUCAAUAUUAUAUAUUAACAUUUAAGUUAUUUUUACCGUUUUUUUUUUUUUAAUGUACAAAAAUUGUAUAACAACCUUCAAUAAAAAAAUAAUGAAAACAA